CCUUGUUUCAAAAGAUGUUACCCACCAUAAGUUUCUAUGGCUGAAAGCUGAACACACAGGAAGACACUGUCUCAACUAGUCAACUGUAUAUCCCCGCGUAGCUAACAUCAAUAGCAACAAAAUUGAACACACAACCAUGGCUACAACAACAACGACAACCUCGUCUUUUGUUUUUCUGAAAUCUCCUGCCUCAACAUUUCUCAUGCACAAUGAUCAUUUUCGUUAUGGAAAUGGAGCCCGGAGAAGGAGAAGUUCCAAACCCAUCAUCAUCAAGGCUCAAUCUGAGGUCAGAAAAGAACAUGUAGUCAUCGUGGGUGGUGGAAUCGCAGGACUCGCAACUGCUCUAUCACUUCACAGGCUUGGGGUUCGGUCCCUGGUGCUGGAACAGGCAGAGUCUCUUCGAACCGGUGGAACUUCACUCACCCUUAUGAAGAACGGGUGGAGGGUGCUUGAUGCAAUCGGAGUAGCUAAUGAACUUAGACCUCAAUUCUUGGAAAUUCAAGGGAUGGUGGUGAAAACCGAGGACGGGAGGGAACUACGCUCCUUCAAUUUCAAAGAAGAGGAUCAAAGCCAAGAGGUGCGUGCAGUGGAGAGGAGAGUACUCUUGGAAACCUUGGCUGGUCACCUCCCUCAGGAUACGAUUCAAUAUUCUUCACGGCUAGCAAGCAUUGAAGCAACUCCAAACGGGGAUACCUUAUUGGAACUGGUUGAUGGAUCUAAGCUGCUUGCAAAGAUUGUGAUAGGGUGUGAUGGGAUUCGAUCACCAAUAGCCAAGUGGAUGGGGUUUCCUGAGCCUAAGUAUGCUGGUCACUGUGCUUUCCGUGGACUUGCAUCUUACCCAGAUGGACAACCUUUUGGACCAAGAGUGAACUACAUCUAUGGAAGAGGGUUACGUGCUGGAUAUGUUCCUGUUUCUCCAACCAAAGUUUACUGGUUUAUCUGCUUCAACAGUCCAUCUCCAGGUCCAAAAAUAACAGAUGCAUCAGUGCUCAAGAAUCAAGCUAAGGAACUAGUCAGGAACUGGUCUUCAGAGCUAUUAAACAUAAUGGAUUCUACACCAGAUGACACUAUCAUUAGGACUCCAUUGGCGGAUCGAUGGCUUUGGCCAUCCAUAACUCCACCUGCUUCUGCAGGCAGGGUUGUGGUGGUUGGAGACGCGUGGCACCCAAUGACUCCGAAUCUCGGCCAAGGAGCUUGUUGUGCGCUCGAGGAUGCAGUGGUUCUCGCUAAAAAGCUCGCCUUAGCCAUCAAGUCUGAAGACCCUUCUUCUGUGGAAGGAGCUUUGAUGUCCUAUGGCUCUGAAAGAUGGUCUCGAGUGUUUCCACUAACUGUGCGUGCAUACCUUGUGGGUUCCGUUUUGCAGUGGGGGAACCCAUUGGUGUGUUCUGUUAGGAACAACAUUGUCUUGCCUAAGCUAGUCAAGCUAGGACCGAUGCUGGAGCAUACAAAUUUUACAUGUGAGAGUCUAUAAAGAAGAAAAGCAGGGCUGGCAGCAUGAAAGAGGAUGUUGUCAAGGGAUAAUGAGUUUUAUUACUGCUCAAUUCAUCCCUCUAGUAUAUAUGUGUAUACAGCAUUAUGUAAAAGAGAAAUUCUUGUGUUCACUAUUGCAAUAGGGUAUUGCCUAGUAUUGAAAAAUUUUAGACAUAAAUUAGGACAACAUCAGCCAGUAUUUCUGUAUCGAUUUUUACCUUUAUUUUGCCUAAUGAAUGUGUCCCGUCUGAUGAUCGUGGUGCGAUACCCGGCUGACCAAGGUGAUCUCCAAAUUGUCUUAUCAGCAAUAUGCGGUUACUUAGGGCCCUGAUCAUGGAUUCUAAAUGGAACAAA